AUGGCUAUAGUUGAUAUUUCCGGUAUUCCCAAGGCCGAACUGCUUGAAGAGCUACUGAAAGCAACUAAAGUCGCCUCCUUUUUCGCGUCUAGCGGGAUACCUCCUCCAGAACUGGAUAUGAAAGCGGCUAUGGAUGAAUACGAGAGAUGUGCAGAACGGGGCCUGGGGCUCGAUUACGUUUUGGGACGCGUGAUGAAAUGCGAUCUGAGUGGGGACACUGCUGAUACCUGGGGAUAUGAUCGUGACAAUGGCGAGGGCAGGUUCGCGGAGGUUGUGAAGGAGCUGCGCAAGACGUAUCCACCUGUCUAG